GCUAGUCUUCUUCCUUUUAAACACACGAGGAAGAGAGGUUAAGUUGACAGAAAUACAGUUCAUGUGUUUAUUUACUAUAUGCUACAGACCCUUUUGUAAUAUUUUUGGUCACUAAUAACACUUUUAAACUCAAAAAUGUGUUCUGUUUCGUGGAAAAAGUACUUGCUUUGGUUCGCACAUGAUCUUGUAGAUUUUAGAUUGGCCGAAAUGAAAUCUCUCCUUUCCUUACUGUGUAUCGAAAUGAAAUGGGUAGAAGAACCUUCUGAUCAUCCUUUUUGGAUUGUUCAGAUGCAAUCAGAUGAGUGUGUAAAAAAAUUAGCCUCCCGCUCUAUUUCUUUAAGAGGUGUUAUUGAUCUCUGGGCUCAUUCUGAUUGCAUUGAAGAUUUGCACAAGCAACUGAAGAAAUUGGAUCAUGACUUCUACAAACCUUAUUUCCAACCUCAUUUGUCAUUUAAAGUUGAGGUAGAAACCUUCAGUAAUCAUUUAAGUAUGGCAGAACGAGUUGAGAAAAUUGAAUCAUUUAGCUACCUACCUCUUGCUGGCCCUGUUAACUUAAAAAAUCCUGAUGUGAAACUUUGGUUUAUGGAAUAUUACGGUCUUGAACCAAAUAACAUCCCAGAUAAACCCUAUCUGUACUAUUUCGGACGAUGGAUGAUUGAUGGACAGCGACAUUUAAUCAAAGAGUUCUCAUUGAAAACAAGAAAAUUUAUAGGGAACACCAGUAUGGAUGCUCAAAUUUCAGUAUUGAUGGCAAAUCAAGCUAAAGUAAAGUCUGGGGACUUAGUCAUGGAUCCAUUUGUUGGCACAGGUUCUCUCUUGGUACCGGCUGCUUAUUUUGGAGCCUAUGUUUUAGGAACUGACAUAGAUUAUCUCAUGUUGCAUGGCAAAACUCGGCCUAGCAGAAUCCAACAAAAGGUUCGAGAAGCUGAUGAAAGUAUACAUUCUAAUCUUUGGCAGUAUGGUCUCCAGAACCAGUACAUUGAUGUAGUUGUAGCUGAUUCAUCACUCCCUUUGUGGGUCAAAAAUUUUGAGUUGGAUGCAAUCAUCACUGACCCUCCUUAUGGUAUUAGAGAGCCCACAGAAAGAGUCGGCACUCACAAAACUCCUCAAAUUACUGAAGAGCAGGCAGCAACACACAUACCUUCCAAAAUAGAUUAUGACCAUGAUCACUUGUAUCAAGAUUUACUCAAUUUUGCUGCCAAACAUUUGAAAUUAGGAGGACGUUUAGUCACUUUUAUUCCCAUAUUGCGUGAGCUGUAUUGUGAAGAGAACUUGCCAAAGCAUCCAUGCUUAAAUCUAAUAUCUAACUCUGAGCAAAUUUUAUCAGCACAUAUCUCAAGACGACUGUUGACUUUUGAAAAAGUUUCUAUAGAAACUAAUAACGAGGUUGGUGAGAGGACUUUCACCCCCAAUCUUGAGAACUUCAGAGACAAAUAUUUCAACCACUGUGAAGAAUCACGAGCCAUAAGAAGGCAGAAGAAUUCCUACCACAAGUGGGCUCCAAGAAGUUCUACAGAUGAGUGAAUUUUUACCUUCCCACAUCUAAAUAAACUUAAUGGCUGUGAUAUAUUCUAUAUUUUAUCAUGGGUACUUUAACUCAUCAUGAGUGACCCAAAACAGUUGUAUUUUUACAGUAACUGAAUCUUAAUGGUAAACGGGAGUAUAAAUACAUUUAUUGAAACCUUUUUACAAAC